AUGGCUCCCGAACUACUCAAGAAACCGCCUCAGGCACCGCCUUCCUUCGUUGCAACACCCACGUCGAUUAUCGAGGAUACCAAACGCCUAAUCGCGCGCUCCCGCAAGGUUCAAGACGAGGUUGCCAAUGGCGUGAAACCGGAAGAUGCUACAUUCAGCAAUGUUCUACUCCCACUUGCGCAUGACGAGAAUGCGAUGACGCUAGAGGCACAUAUCAUUGGAUUCUAUCAGGCUGUGUCGACCGAUCAGAAGCUGCGGGAUGCGUCGAGUGAGGCGGAGAAGUUGUUGGAUGACUUUGGUAUUGAGACUGCUAUGCGAGAGGAUUUGUUCAAAUUGGUGGACGCCGCUCUCAAGAAGAAUGAGGAGCUGGACCCCGAGUCGAGACGGUUGCUGGAGAAGGAGCACAAGGAUUAUAUUCGGAAUGGAUUGGGAUUGCCAGCUGGUCCGAAGAGAGAUCGGUUCAAGGAGAUUAAGAAGAGACUCAGUCAGCUGAGUAUCCAGUUUCAGAAGACGCUCAAUGAAGAGAAUGGCGGAAUCUGGUUUACGCCAGCAGAGCUGGAUGGUGUCCCGGAGGAUGUGCUGUCAGGACUUGAGAAGGGUACGGGUGAGAAUGAGGGGAAACUGAAAUUGUCGUUCAAGUAUCCGGAUCUCUUCCCAACGCUCAAGUAUGCAAAGAAUGCAGAAACUCGGAAACGUGUGUCGAUUGGGAAUGAGAAUAAGUGCAACUCGAAUGUGCCCCUGUUCAAGGAGGCGAUGGUCCUGCGUGAUGAGGCGGCGAGAUUGUUGGGGUACCCGAAUCAUGCUGCGUUCCGAAUUGAGGAUAAGAUGGCCAAAACACCGCAGACUGUGGAUACCUUCCUAGGAGAUUUACGGUCUAGAUUGACCGCUGGUGGAUUGAAGGAGAUUGAAAAGCUGAAAGAACUCAAAAAGGCAGACGUUGAAUCUCGUGGAGAAAAGUUUGAUGGACAUUAUUUCCUCUGGGACCAUCGAUUCUAUGACCGCUUGAUGCUCGAGAAGGAGUAUCAGUUGGAUCAUCAGAAGAUUUCGGAAUUCUUCCCUUUGCAGACCACCGUCCGUGGUAUGCUGGAGAUUUUCGAGGAGCUGUUUGGUUUGGUGUUUGUUGAAGUUAAGGGUGAUGACCGGGCUAGCAUUUCUCCUACUGGAAAAGGCGAGGAUAUUGUCUGGCAUGAGGAUGUGCAGUUGUUUAGUGUGUGGGAUGAUGAGGCCCAGGGCAGUGGAUUCGUGGGCUAUUUGUAUCUUGAUUUGCAUCCUCGUGAGGGAAAGUAUGGCCAUGCUGCCAACUUUAACCUGCAGCCAGGCUUCAUCGAAUCCAACGGCAACAAACGCUAUCCCGCCACAGCUCUUGUGUGCAACUUUUCCAAACCCACAGAAAAGAAGCCCAGUCUCCUGAAACACGAUGAAGUCGUCACCCUCUUCCACGAACUUGGACACGGCAUUCACGAUUUGGUGGCCAAGACAAUCUACUCUCGCUUCCAUGGCACCAACACCGUCCGUGACUUUGUCGAAGCACCCAGCCAAAUGCUCGAAAACUGGUGCUGGACGCCGUCUCAACUCAAGUCGUUGAGUCGACACUACUCUACUCUAUCAGAGGAUUACCGCAAAGCUUGGGAAGAAUCGUCCUCUACGCCCGGCACGCCGGCACCGGAACGCAUCCCAGACGACGUGAUUGAGUCUCUCAUCCGAACCAAACACGUCAACGACGCAUUGUUCAACCUGCGUCAACUCCACUUCGGCAUCUUCGACAUGACCAUGCACGAACCCUCCUCCCACGACGAAAUCGUAUCCCUGAAUCCAACAGUGACAUACAACACCCUCCGCAAAGAAAUCUCCCAAAUCGAAGGCCCCGAGGUGUUAGGGCAGGGCGAUGAAUGGGGUAACGGCCAAGCUACUUUCGGCCAUUUGAUGGGCGGCUACGACGCUGGUUAUUACGGCUACUUGAGUUCCCAGGUUUAUUCCACGGAUAUGUUUUAUACAAUUUUCAAGGAGAAUCCAAUGGACCCGGAGCAGGGCAGGAGGUAUAGAAGGACCGUGUUAGAGAAGGGUGGCAGUCAGGACGAGAUGAAGUCGUUGACGGAGUUUUUGGGUAGAGAGCCGAAGACGGAGGCUUUCUACAAAGAUUUGGGGUUGUCUUAG